AACUCACCGUUAAGAUUAGUCCAACUCUCAAUUCUAGGGUUUUCACAACAUCGUCCGCCCAAUAUUUUCUCGAUCCCAAAAAAAGAAAAGAAAAGAAAAGAGAGGACAAUUGAUUUUGAUUUGUAGGAUUUGUUUCCUUUUGAAUUUUCUCGGGAAAAAUCUUUUGAUUUUGGAUACGGAUUUCUCGGAGCUGUUUUUGGUUGGGGAAAAAUCGAUGGUGCAGUUGAUGAAAUCCGGGAAUCUGCCGGCUGAACCCGAAACGACGUCGUCAAGUGGGAACAAGGUGCCGGUGAAGCUAGAGAUCGUGGAGGAUCCUUUAGAGGAAGAGCAUGGGUCCCUCAACAAGCGAUCCAAGCCAUCGCAAGCUGUUCAACAGUGGGGUGCGGGUGCUAAUGCAUUUCCUGUUCCACCGGCGCAAUACAAUCCGCUGGAUGAGCCUAGCCCUUUGGGAUUACGGCUGAGAAAGAGCCCAUCACUUUUGGACUUGAUUCAAAUGAGGCUCUCUCAAGGAGGUUCUUCAGUGCCAGGAGCUCAACGGACUGAAAAUAAUAACUUGGAAGUUAAGAAGGAGAGUAAAACUACUAUUGCUUCAGGCACCACUGACAAGCUCAAGGCCUCCAACUUUCCUGCUUCUAUUCUAAGGAUUGGGAGCUGGGAGUAUAAGUCAAGAUAUGAAGGGGAGUUGGUUGCAAAGUGUUACUUUGCGAAGCAUAAGCUUGUUUGGGAAGUUCUUGAAGGUGGUCUGAAGAGUAAGAUAGAAAUCCAAUGGUCAGAUAUUAUGGCUUUGAAGGCUAACUGUCCUGAUAGUGCACCUGGAACAUUGACUGUUGUGCUGGCUAGACAGCCUCUUUUCUUUAGGGAGACUAAUCCACAGCCCCGAAAGCACACCUUAUGGCAGGCAACAGCAGAUUUUACUAAUGGACAGGCUAGCAUACACAGGCAACAUUUUCUGCAAUGUCCUCAGGGGCUGUUAAAUAAACAUUUUGAAAAGCUCAUCCAGUGUGACAUGCGUUUGAACUUUUUAAGUCGACAACCAGAAAUAAUUUUGGAUUCACCAUAUUUUGAACAGCGUUCAUCUGUUUUUGAAGAUCCAGAUGAAUCAAAAAGUCAUGAUUUUAAUCAAGUGGAGACUGGUAAAGGAUCCUCUCUUUCUGGUUUCCAAGAUAUAGCAUCACCAUCUGCCGCUCACUCAUCUUCCUUAGAGUUUGAAAAGGGUGAUCAUGCUGCUACAUCAUCAGAGCACAUUUCCCGAGGAGCUCCUUCUCCUAGCUCAGUGAUGGAUACUCGUGCAAUUGAAGGGGGUGGAGUUUGUGAGGCUGUUGAUUCAAAGGGACCUAGGAAUUGGGAUCAGAUCAAAGUGCCUGGCUUGAAAUCAUCUAUGUCAAUGAGUGAUCUCAUGAAUCACAUUGGGAACUGUAUUUCAGAACAAAUGACCUCCGGAAAUGCACAGUUCUCUGCUGAUGGAUCAGAAUGCCAGGACAUAUUAGAGGACAUCGCACAGUACCUUCUUAGCGACACCCAGCUGACAACCUCCUCGGAUGAGAAAAGGCUCAUGGCUAGGGUCAAUUCUCUCUGCUGUCUCUUGCAGAAGGACCCUGUUUCAACCCAGAACUUGCAAGUUAAUGAGGAAAGUUGCAUUGAAGAGUCAGACACCGGUAAAGGAGUUCAGGUAAAUGACACCAGUGAAUUGUUGCAUGAAAACAAGAGUAAAGGUGAUCUGAAGGACCCUGAAGGGAAUAUAAAUGAUGUUUCUGGCAGCAAGCAUACACCAGGCAUGUCGAGGAAAGACUCAUUUGGGGAGCUGUUGCUUCAUCUUCCUCGGAUUGCAUCUCUUCCAAAGUUCUUGUUUAACAUUUCUGAAGAAGAUGGUGAGAGUCAAGCUAGAUAAUUAGUAUUGUUGUUUAUUAGUUGAAGGAUGGCAAAUAACGCUAGUUAGUGAAUCUCUCUUGUGAAAUGCAGAGCUACUGGCUGUAUAAUAUAUCUAAUGAUUCUGAGUUGCAUUAAUUUGAGACUUGGGGUUGCUCAGGGAUUCGGAAAUUUGUAUUGAUGAAGAAUCCUUGUAAAUGUCGUGUAAAAAUAUUUCCCUGUUCAUUUCUCUU